AUGGAGAUGGACCAGACAGUAGGGGUUCAGUUGGGCCUGGCUCCUGGUAUUGAGGUGAAUCUGGCUAAGGGGGAGGGUUCUUUGAUUGCUUUGAAAUUGGAACUAGCUGGGGUUAAAAGAGAGAAUGCAAAAGUCCGACAAGAUCCAGGGAUCAUGGGUAGGUGCAACUAUUAUAAUGUUUUCUACCAUGCUCAUGCGAUCAACGGCUUUUUGUUAAAGCAUCAGAUAGACACAGCAUUGAACGCACAGACCCUUUCCAGAAACAUUAUUCCACAUCACGCGUUUUCCUCACAUCACACUUCCAUUCAUAUCGCCUCGUUUCAUAUCCCCACCGCCAAGCCUGCUUUCUGCUUGUGCCUCUGUUCAAUUCAAUCUAAUUCCAUGGCAGCUCCGUCUGUAUCUACCAAUGAUAGUCAGUUACAGAUUGAAGUUUCAAAUGCUUUUGAAGAAAUUGCACCUCCAACUGUAUCUACUUCUGCUACAUUCUCAGUACCAUUACAAAAGGAACCGUGGGGCAUAUUUAUUAAUCAUCGUGGACCAGAUGUCAAAAAUACGCUGGCCAGAGCUAUCUACUAUGCUCUCCACGCCAGGGGUUUUAGGGUUUUUCUUGAUUCCGAGGGGCUUCAGUUUGGAGACUUCUUUCCUGCAGCAGUGGAAGAAGCAAUGCGUAGUGCUUCUCUUCAUCUAGCAAUUUUCUCUCCCACAUAUGCACAAUCGCCAUGGUGCCUCGCCGAGCUAUCCUUUAUGCUCAAAUCUGGCAAACCUAUCAUUCCUGUCUUCUACUGUGUCCGACCUACCGAUCUGCGAUGGGUAGCUGAAGGAAAAGGAGAUUAUGUGAAUGCUUUCGCGGAGUAUGAAAAAAAUCAGAGAUACAGCUCAGAAAAGCUCCAGGAGUGGAAGACGGCACUCCACGAGGUCUCAUUUUACAAAGGCGCAAUCAUCAAUAACAAAGAUGAGGAACAUACGAUGUUGGAGAGUAUUGUGAAUGGUGCAUCGGAAAUAAUGAAAAUAGUACCAUCACCACUAGGCACUUCCAACAAGAAGUAUAUUGAGGAGGCACUCAUUGUGGGACAAGAUUCUGUAUCAGACAGACUUGUGGAGAUGAUUCAUUCACAGGAGCACACCAAAUUGUCUCGUUUCGGCAUAGUUGGGAAGGGCGGGGCCGGUAAGACUCUACUACUCAAACGAAUCUUCAACAGUGACCAGGUUCAGAGUCUCUUUUGCAAUGACUUAAUGAUUUGGCUUACUGUUUCACAAAAUCCAUCUUUCAAUGCUCUCAGAUAUGAUCUUGUCAAACAAAUAUCUCUGAAAAUAAAUGAAAGAUUGGACAGUAGAGAGGAAGACAAUGUGAAAUAUUGGUUGAAUGCAACCAUGGCAAAACACAAGUUUGCCCUGUUUCUAGAUGAUCUUUGGGAAACAAGUGCAACCUCGUUGCUAGAGGAGCUUUGUGUGCCUCUCUUUCCACUCCACAACUCCAACAUCAUCAUUGCCACUUCCAGAACUACUAGUGUGCUCUCACGGUUGGGUGUUCCCAAAUCAUCAUUCAUCCAAAUGCAAGAUUUGACUGAAGAUGAUAGUUGGAGUUUGUUUUCUUUCCAUGCUUUUCCACACAGCGAAGGAAUUUUACCCAGGAACAUCAACGAAGAAAUAGCAAGGGGUGUCUCCAAGGAGUGUGGUGGUCUUCCCUUAGCCCUCAAAGUAAUCGGGCAUGCAAUGGCAGGAAUCACAUACCCAAAUGAAUGGGAAUUCGCACUCCAGAGGUUGCAGAACAAAGCUACACACUCACUUUCAGGCAGGCUUUCCAGCAGUUUGAGAUUAAGCUACGAUGCUUUGGCGGACGUGGCCAGCUAUGGCAUUUCGUUGCAGUUGUGCUUCCUCUACCUUGCUGCUUUCUCAAAAGCCGAAGUCAUCAGAAGUGAAAUUGCAAUAUUGUACUGGAUUGGAGAGGGAUUAGUCGUUGGGACGAAUCCUCUCCAAAUUGGAGAGAUGUACAUGAAUUUGUUAGUAGAUCGAUGCCUUAUUGAAUCGGUCCGUAAGGAUAAUGAUGGAAGGGUGAUUAUUUUUACUGUGCAUGAUGUUUUGUAUGAUUUAGCACAUCAAAUUGCCGAGAAAGAAGAAAAAUGCUCCUUCCAGUCAGGCAGAGGGUUUUCUGAGAUUCUAACGAAUGACUUUUCAGAACAUGUCAGAAUUUCAUUGAUGGACAACAGUUUGACCAGAAUUCCAAAGGCAUUCAGAGCUCCCUAUAUCCGUUCUUUGCUGCUUGCCUGGAAUCCUUUUUUGACAGGGAUUCCAAAAGAGGUGAUUAGGAGUAUGACCUCUCUCAAGGUCCUGGAUUUAUCAAAGACUGCACUCCAGUCGUUGCCAAAAAACAUGGAAUGUUUAAAGAAUUUAGUUUGCCUCCGAUUAUAUUCUGUGCCAAUCAAAAGACUUCCCGACUCUAUUGCGGCUCUCCAAAACCUUCAAAUAUUAGAUCUUUAUCGAUCUGAUAUCACAGAACUUCCGGCCGGCAUUUCUAAGUUGACUACCCUAAAACUUUUGGACAUUGGUUCAUGUAGACAUCUGCAGUACAUGCCAUCUGGGAUCUCAAACCUUACGUCGCUGGAGUACCUGGCUGCACACGGUUCUUCAAAUAUAGGGUGGAAUAAGGGUGAAAAAAAUCGGCUUUCAAUUAGUGAUUUAGGUACCCUGCACAACCUGAAAAGGCUGGGGCUUGAAAAUAGCAAUGAAAUAAUUCGAGAAGGAACGCUGGGUAGCAUGAAGCAGAUAGAGUCUCUAUACUUGCUUCUCACAGGUAUGGAGAGGCUACCCAAAGACAUAACUUACAUGUCAAAAUUGAGAAAACUCUGGCUAUUGUGUCCUCAGUUAGUCCAGAUAGAAAAUUCAUUUUGUGUAUUUCAACAUCUGAGCUCCAUUAGUAUUUUUAACUGCCGCAUGCUGAAACAACUACCUGCUCUGCACAAGCUUCCUAGUUUAAAGCAACUAGACAUAGUUAAGUGCCCCAACAUAGAGAAGUUUCCAGAGGAAUUUGGCAAGGGGAGAGGAUUUCCCAAGCUUGAGAUAUUUUCACUGUGGGAGUUGGACAAGAUAGAGCAGCUGCCAAUAGUGGAAGAGGGAGCACUUCCUUCACUUAAAACUUUGACAAUAAUGAAGUGUGAGGCAUUGCAGAGGUUACCACAGUGUUACUGGAAUUUGAAGACUGUGGAGAAGAUAAGGGUUUAUGGUUGUUCAAAGGCUCUACUUGUCAUCGCAGAGGAAGAUAAUUUUAUUAAGACAAAGACAAAGGUGCAAACAAUAACAUUAUCUACCAUAGAAACACAGACAUUAGAGGGGCGCUACUUUCAUAAGCUUCACAAAGGUAAAUGUUCUCAUUAUAGGGAAUUUUGGCGUAACGAAAUUUUUCAGUUUUUGAAUGACGUUAACGGGUUUUUCUUGUUUUGA